ACAAAAUUCUAUUCAUAAUUUAGCAAGUUUUUUUUAGCAACAAAUUAAAUUGCAAAUUGUGAUAUUUUUAACUUCAAUAUCUAUGAACUUUGAAAUAUUUAUUUAAGGUGUAAUCUGUCGAAUUUCUACAUUCUAAUUUCCAAUACAUUUUAUUUUCAACCAAAGAAGCAUUCAAUAAAAAUUGGAUAUAAAUAGAAUAUAAUAUGACCCGUUAUUGAUUGGUUAAAAGAAUAGCACACCUAAUUUCUAUUAGAUACUAAAUUUCACAUUCCAUAAAAAAUAAAAAAUAAAUAAAAAAAUAAAAAGCCAAUGGACCAUACAUCCAAAAUUUCACAAGACCCUAUGUUUAAGCACCAUCAUUAUUAUUUUUAACAAAAAAACUAACACAAAACCACCUAUAUAUACAUAAUUCCCCAAAACUUUUUUUUUUUCAUAUAUUUCAUUUCCCCACUCUCCUAGGUUUCAAACUCACCCCAAAACAAUGGCUAUUUCAAAUCUUUCCUUAGCCAUUGUUUUGGUAACUGGGCUAACCAUGGCUCAUAUAUGUUUGGCCACAUCCUUAUUUGAUUGGAAACUUCAAUAUCUUGCACCAACCAAUGCAGCUCGUCUUGCAGCAUUGCAACCCCCUUUAGUUUGGAACGAAACUCUUGCAACCUUUGCUAGAUCUUAUGCUAAAGAAAGGGCCGUAGAUUGCAAAUUGCAACACUCAAAUAAUCCAAUAUAUGGUGAGAACAUUGCAAUGAGUCCUGGUGAAUUAAGCCCAAGUGAAGCCGUGGAUUUGUGGGCCGGUGAAAAGCCUAAUUAUGAUUAUGGUUCUAAUAAUUGCAAAGAAAUGUGUGGGCAUUACACACAAAUUGUUUGGAAAGAUACACAAAGUGUUGGAUGCGCCAAAGAAAGGUGUCAAAAUGGAGGCACUUUUAUUACUUGCAAUUAUUAUCCACCUGGAAAUGUUAUAGGAGAAAGACCUUUUUAAACAUUUGUUGGUAGGAAUAUUCUAUGUGUUAGGGCCAUUUUUUUUGUAUAAUUCUUCAAAUUGGUUAAACAUUUUUGUAUACAUGAAUAUAAGUGAUACGUGUAAUGUAUUGACACAACAUUUCAUAUUCAGCCUUGCUUUUGAGGCGAAAAUAUGCAACAACUUAACUUAUUUUUUGUUACAA